UGGCUGGGGAAGGGAAGUUUGCAAAAAAGGUCGGUCGCAGGGCCCGGGGGGCUUUGGCAGAGCGGCGGCGACGGCAGCAGCAGCAUCAUGGCGGAGCAGAGCGACUCUCCCGUGCACGUCCAGCCCCAGCAACAGCCCCAGCAACAGCAGCAGCAGCAACAGCAGCAGCCGGCGGCGGCGGCCCCGGCUGCAGCCGCAUCCCAGGCCAUCAGCUGGCCCAUCUGCAGGGAGGCGUACGAGCUGCAGGAGGUCAUCGGCAGCGGUGCUACUGCAGUGGUCCAGGCUGCCCUAUGCAAACCCAGGCAAGAACGAGUAGCAAUAAAAAGAAUCAACUUAGAAAAAUGCCAGACCAGUAUGGAUGAGCUAUUGAAAGAAAUCCAAGCUAUGAGUCAAUGCAGCCAUCCCAAUGUGGUGACCUAUUACACCUCGUUUGUGGUAAAGGAUGAGCUUUGGCUGGUUAUGAAGUUACUCAGUGGAGGAUCCAUGCUGGAUAUCAUAAAGUAUAUCGUCAACCGAGGCGAACACAAGAGUGGAGUCCUGGAAGAAUCCAUAAUAGCAACAAUUCUUAAAGAAGUUUUGGAAGGCUUGGAUUAUCUUCACAGAAACGGACAGAUUCACAGGGAUUUGAAGGCUGGUAAUAUUCUUUUGGGUGAAGAUGGUUCAGUACAAAUAGCAGAUUUUGGUGUAAGCGCAUUCUUAGCCACAGGAGGUGAUGUUACCCGUAAUAAAGUGAGAAAAACAUUUGUUGGCACUCCUUGUUGGAUGGCACCUGAAGUCAUGGAACAGGUGAGAGGUUAUGACUUCAAGGCUGAUAUGUGGAGUUUUGGAAUAACGGCCAUUGAAUUAGCAACAGGAGCUGCACCUUACCACAAAUAUCCUCCCAUGAAAGUGUUAAUGUUGACCUUGCAAAAUGAUCCUCCUACUUUAGAAACAGGUGUAGAAGACAAAGAAAUGAUGAAAAAGUAUGGCAAAUCCUUCCGCAAGCUACUUUCACUUUGUCUUCAGAAAGACCCUUCCAAGAGACCCACAGCUGCAGAACUUUUAAAAUGCAAAUUCUUCCAGAAAGCCAAGAAUAGAGAAUUUUUGAUUGAGAAGCUGCUUACUAGAACACCAGAUAUAGCACAAAGAGCAAAAAAGGUCAGAAGAGUGCCUGGAUCAAGUGGUCAUCUUCAUAAGACUGAAGACGGAGACUGGGAGUGGAGUGACGAUGAAAUGGAUGAAAAGAGCGAAGAAGGGAAAGCUGCGUUUUCUCAGGAAAAAUCACGAAGAGUAAAAGAAAAUGAAAACCCAGACAUAUCAGUGAAUGUCAGCAGUAUUCCAGAGCAGAUACAGUCUCUUUCUAUACAGGAUGCUCAGGGCCAGCAUAACGUUAGUGAAGAAUUUACAGAAGCUUCUUGUGCCGUGAAUCUUGUUUUAAGACUAAGGAACUCCAGAAAGGAACUUAAUGACAUACGAUUUGAGUUUACUCCAGGAAGAGACACGGCAGAUGGCGUUUCUCAGGAGCUGUUCUCAGCAGGCCUGGUUGAUGGUCACGAUGUAGUUAUAGUGGCUGCUAAUUUACAGAAGAUAGUAGACGAUCCAAAAGCUUUGAAAACAUUGACUUUUAAGUUGGCCUCCGGCUGUGAUGCUUCAGAAAUCCCAGAUGAGGUGAAACUGAUUGGGUUUGCUCAGUUGAGCGUCAGCUGAUGGCCGAGACUGAGUCUGUCCCCAACCCCUCCGCCCCCGACUCUUUCCCUUCUCCCCAGCAGAAUUGGAAGAUUGUGAAGAGGCCAGCUAAGAUGAGAAGUGAAAAAAAGAAGAAUUAAAAAAAAAGCACCCACACUGAGUUCUGCUUCAUCCUCUAGCAAUUCACCAAGUACGAACAAGCAAGCACCACAGCUGCGGCACUGCUGCUAACUUUUCCAAAAGCUAUUUAAUGUUGUUAUGAACCAAUCUGGAUUUGCCCAAAGUGAAAAGAAUUUGGAAAUGCACUCAGGUGGUUCUAUUUAUUGGUUAAAAUGGAAUUUUCUAUCAGAAACGAAUUUCUUCUUUCAUUGUAAAAAAAAAAAUCUGUGAUAAUACUUUAAUUGUACAUCUGAUAGUACUGCCUCUUUUAUGUUGUAUUUAGGAGUUAAUAUACUUAUACAAAUUAAGAUUUAUUAGCCAAACUUGAAUUCUAGUUUUAAAACUGACUGUGAAUUUUAUUUUUCAUAUAUUUAUGCAUUACACAUCUUCCCUAUAAGGAAACAGCAACAAAAAACAGUUUGAUUAUAUGCUAUUUGCAGGUAAUCUCCUGUUAUUUAAACAAAAUGUUUCAGGUAUAUCUUUGGAGUAUUUGUAAUUUCUAGUUUUUGAAAUGACAUAAUUAGGAAUUAGGAAGCUCAUUAUGUCAGUUUGUUUGUCUUAAAAAAAGAAUCCACAAUCUGAUCGUCUCUAGGGUGUGGGAGGUGCCUUGCAGACAUUAAUAUUAAGACUGUGCCUGAGGCUGCCUUUCGGUAGAAUAGUCUCAGUUCUAGAACUUCCAUUUGCAUAAGAUGGAAUACACACUUUUGGCCUAAAUUUUGCUUUGUUUUUUUU